AUGAUCUUAGGUUUGUACCUCCCCUGUAGUUCCUCCACCAUCUUUCAGUUAAUUAGUCACUGUCUAAAAGUUGAUUUGCUAAAAGUUGUCUUGCUAAAAGUUUUAUUGCGGUUUAGUCUCUCAUGUGUUUCUCUUUCAUGUGCUGCAGCACAAGUGGAGGUGUUGUCUGCUGCGCUCAGAGCAUCCAGUUUGGAUCCUCAGGAAGAGACAAUGGCCAGCGUCAGCAAGGGGACAGAUUCACAGACUGAACUAACUAUCAAUGACCAACAAAGUUUUAAACCUAUACUGGGUGAUAUUGUGCCUUUAAUUGGUGAUACUGUUGAGAGUAUGGAUUCUACACUUCACUAUAUUCAUAAUGAUUCAGAUUUAAGCACCAACAGUAGUUUCAGCCCUGAAGAAGAAAGAAAAUCCAAAGUACAGGAUGUGGUACCUCAAGCCUUGCUGGAUCAGUACUUAUCAAUGACUGAUCCGUCUCGCGCACAAACAGUCGAUACCGAGAUUGCCAAGCACUGUGCCUACAGCCUGCCAGGGGUGGCUCUGACACUGGGCAGGCAGAACUGGCACUGUCUGAAAGACACCUAUGAGACACUGGCGUCUGACAUGCAGUGGAAGGUUCGGCGGACACUGGCAUUUUCUAUACACGAACUUGCUGUCAUCCUUGGAGACCAGCUUACAGCUGGAGAUUUAGUUCCUGUCUUCAAUGGCUUUUUGAAAGACCUGGAUGAAGUCAGGAUAGGUGUGCUUAAGCACUUGCAUGACUUCCUGAAGCUUCUUCAUGUUGACAAAAGACGAGAGUAUCUUUAUCAACUUCAGGAAUUCCUGGUGACUGAUAACAGCAGGAACUGGCGUUUCCGUGCUGAGCUGGCUGAGCAACUGAUCUUGCUUCUAGACCUGUACAGUGCCAGAGACAUCUAUGACUACUUGCGACCUAUUGCUUUCAGCCUCUGUGCAGACAAAGUGUCUUCUGUCCGUUGGAUUUCCUACAAGCUGGUUAGUGAAAUGGUGAAAAAGCUGUACAUGGCUUCAACGUCAACCUUUGUGGUAGACCUCAUGAAUGAACUCGUUGAAAAGUUCUGUAGAUGCCACAAAUGGUCUGGUCGGCAAACUUUUGUCUUUAUUUGCCAGACUAUCAGUGAAGAUGACUGCCUGCCCAUGGACCAGUUUGCUGUGCAUCUGUUGCCACACUUACUACACUUGGCAUCUGACAAGGUUCCAAAUGUUCGAGUCCUGCUCGCGAAAACAUUAAAGCAAACCCUUUUAGAGAAAGAAUAUUUUCUCAACUCUGCCAACUCUCAUCAAGAAGCUGUGGAACAGACAAUUAUGGCCCUUCAGAUGGACGAGGACAGUGACGUCAAGUAUUUUGCAAGCAUCCAUCCUGCCAGUACCAAAAUUGCAGAUGAUGCCAUGAGCACUGCUUCUUCAACUUAUUAAUGAGUUCUAAAUGUUGCUGUAAUUAAAAAAAAAAAAAAAAAAAAAAAAAGUUAAACAAACUAUCCUCAAA